CUGUUUUUGGUGGAGUCCAGCUCAGAUCAAAGCCCUUCUGUCAUUGGUUGGCACAGAGAUAUAUAUUGAUAUGUCAGGAUGGGCUCUGGUUGUCAGUUAUAGGGGCCUUCAGAGGGAACGUCAGUGUGAACACCCCUGCUCUCAACUCCUCUGCUGCUGACUCGCUGGAUGAAGAAAUUGUUUUAGACCGAUGCAGGACGUCUGAAAUGUGUGACCAUCAAGAAAAAGAACUGAAGCACAGAAAGGCCAAACAAGUGAUGCAGCAUCGCCACCACCAAGUCCAUCACCACCGUCACCACCGUCACCAGGCCGAUGACAACACCAGUCAAGACACUCUGUCAACAGUGGACAGCGGCGAUCAUCCUCCACACAACCAAAAUCAUGAGAAGAGUCACUCUUCACACCCUCACCAGGGUCAUCAUAGGCAAAAGCAUCGCAAUUUUUCUGUUUCAGAAACCUCCUUUGACUCCUCAUCUUCAACGUCUUCCUCAUCCACAUCCUCCUCCUCUUCGUCCUCUUCCUCGUCAUCUUCUUCCUCCUGCUCCUCUUCUUCAUCUUCCUUCACAUCCACAACAUCUUCUUCCACCUCCAGCCUCUCUUCUGGAAACACCAGUGACUCCUCAGAUACAUACACUCACAGGAAGCCUCAAUAUUCCCAGUCUUUUACUGACAUUUCUACUAAACAUCGGUACUUUGAAGAAGAAGAAGACGACACCGCCCCUUUAAUAAUCAAAAGAGGGAGUUUGCACAGGACAUCUGCCAAGCAGAAGAAAGGCAUUGAGAAGUCCUCCUGCAGCUGUCCUACUAGAGCAGGAUUCAAAAACCAGCAAACGAGCACAAGAGGCUUAGGAAAUGAUGGAAGCUUCCGCAAGGCAAAGUCAAUGGAGGAUCUCAAAGCACCAAAAGAUAAAAGCGGAAAUGGAAGCAAUGAAGGAGAUGAGCUGGAGAGGAGCAAAACUGAAGCUAAGAAGAAUUUAAUGAAAGAAAAAAUGAAGUUUUCUGCCUUCCUUAAUGAGAUUACAAGGCAAGUGCUCAGCCCAAUGAGACUUACCUCUCUUGGGGUCACAGAUGCUCAAAGACCCUGGAGCCCAGGACAGGUCUCCACCAGAUCCAGGGAGACAGACAGCAGCAUUGACAAACCCAGGCAGCAGAGAAGUCGAGCUGCAAGUGCAGACUCAAUUAGCUCAAGCAGACAUUCCCGUGCUAGCAAACAUUCAAAGUCUUCUCAUGUGUCUCACUCUAAAGCUUCCCAGCAUCCCGGUGUCUGCUCUGACAAUCCGUCUCGUCAUCCAAAGCACAGACGUAGAAGUUGUCGCUCAAGAUCUCCAGCUCAUGAGCAUCAAUCUCGACUGCCUUCUCGAAAGCACAACCACCGCCAUCGUUCCAAUCACUAUAAAAAUGAAGAUUGCACCAGCCCAGGUCAUCACCAACACGAAAGAUAUGGCCAUACCGCUAGUCAUCACCACCAUCAUAGACGCCACAAUGCACCACAUUGCCAUCAGUCUGGAGACAAGAAUCGUGAAGAUAAUUGUAGCCCAACUCGUCAUCAUGAAGACCAUCAUAGUUCAAGUCAUCACUAUCAGAGCCAUUCAAGCUCACGGCCUACCACUCCACAUCUGCAUAGACGUCACAGUUCAGCCAGUGACAUUAGAGAUCCUCACAGUCCAACACGUCCACAUCACCAUAGUGAGCACAAGGAUAGGCCUCAUCCAUGUGAAACCCACCAGCACCACCAUGUGGACUUCCACAAAGAAUCUAAUCCGCAUCAUCAUGGAGACCACCACAAACCAGGCCACCAUCACCAUGGAAGGCACCGAAGUCCUGGCCAUCAUCAUCAUCAUCAUCAUGACGACCACCAUAGCCCAGGUCACCAUCACCAUGACGACCACCACAGUCCUGGUCACCAUCAUCAUGGCGACCAUCAUCAUGGUGACCACCACAGUCCAGCCCAUCGUGACCAUGAUGUUGACCACCACAAUCUGGAUCAUCAUCAUCAUGGUAGCCACCACAGUUCAGGCCAUCAUCAUGAUGUUGACCAUCGUAAUCACCAUCAGGGCGACCACCACAGUUCAAGCCACCAUCAAGAUGCAGAACGCCACCACCAUGGAGAUGACCACAGUCCAGGCCACCAACAUGACACAGAACACCACAGUCCAGCCCACCAUGAUCAUGACGUUGACCACCACAGUACAAGCCAUCAUCAUCAUGGUGACCACCACAGUCCAGGUCAUCAUCACGAUGUUGACCACCACAAUCUGGGCCACCAUUAUCAUGGUGGCCAUCACAGUCCAAGCCAUCAUCAUCACAAAGACCACCACAGUCCAAGCCAUCAUCAUCAUCGUCAUCAUCAUCAAGACCACGACAGUCCAGGCCAUCAUCAUGACACAAGGGUCCACAAUUCAGACCACCAUCACCAUGGAGCUCACCAUAGUCCAGACCAUCAUCAUCACCCCAAACACCCUAACAGUUCUGACCACAGCCACACUCCAGGUCAUCAUUCUCAUCAUAAAAUCCACCACAGUCCAGACCACCAUCACAGGGACUACCCAGGUUCAGGCCAGCAUCAUGCAGACCACCAUGGUCCAGUCCACCAUGAACAUGGAGACCGUCACAGUCCAAGCCAUCAUCACAGUGAAGGCCAGAAUCAUGGGGACCAGCAUAAUCUAGACCAUUGUAAUUAUAGAGACCAGAACAUUCCCGGUCAUAAUCAUGAACAUGACCACAGUCCAGGCCAUCAUCAUAAAGAACACCAAAAUCCAGACCUUUCAGAUUUUGGGGAUCAGGACUCUCCACGCUGUCUUCAGGGAGAUGACCACAAUCAAAGCUGUCAUCAUGGAGACCACCACAGCCCAAGCCAUGCUUAUGAAGUUCAGCACAGUGUAGGUGACCAUCACGAAGAUCUCCACCAUUCUCACCAUCAUUAUGAAAGUCACAGCAGUCCGGGUCAUGAACAGACAGUCCACCAUAGUCCAGGCAGUGUUCAUUAUAGUCCAGCUGGCCAUCAUGAAGAUGACUGUCACAGUCCAAGUCCUCACCAUGAAAGCUACCAUACCCCAGGUCAUCAACAUAGAGGCCAUCACAAUCCAGAUGUUCAGCGUCAUCAUGUUGAAUACCACCAAACAAAUCUUCUUCAUGACCAUCACCUUGAAUCUCCAGGAGAUCUUAGUCUUCACAGUGAUCUCCAACACAACACUCUUGAUGAUCAUCAUACAAAUUUAAAGGAGGAUUCUGCUAUUAGUUCACCUUCGCACAGAAAGCCAGAAUGUCUGAUCAGCACUGAUUCCCCCAGCAACACAAAUAACCCCUCUGGUUUGGAUGAAGAACGGACAAGUUUCUCCAGGCCAUUCCAUGUUAAAGAAAAAACGCAUGACUUUGGCAGGACCAUGAUACUGCAGAACCAAAAUGAAGGUCUGCAGCAGAGUUUACUGAAGACAGCAGUGAGGAUGGAGUGUUUGGGAGAAGAGUUUAUCAGUAGCCAGAAGAUCCUGGAAACUGAACUUCAGAGGACUCGCAUGGAGCUCAGCAACCUCAUGGGCAGGUUUAACAGGCUCCGUGAUGAUUGUUCCUCCACACAACAGACCAAUAGCCUCCUAGAGUUAAAGCUUCACUCAGUGCUUCAGAAUAUGGAAGGAGAGCGAGAAAGGUUGAAUCUGCGCAUCUCAGAAUUGACCGAGCAACUGAGUGACGCUCAGUAUGCCAGCACCAUGGAGGAAAUAAAAGCAACAUCUGGGCUGCAUGAAGUCAACCCACACUCUCAUUCUGGUGAUGCGCUCCCGCAGAUGAUUCCUCCAAUCGCUCCCCCACCGGCUCAGUUCAUGGACAGCCAUAACUAUGGGAAAGAAGCAACGUCUGCGCCGGAGCAGGCUUUGGGGUCGGUUCCAGAGGAGGAAGAGUCUGACUGGUCCGAGGUGGGAGAGGAGACCCCACGCCUCUUACUGACGGGAUCAAACAGAGGCCAGACAUGGAGGCCAGAAGAAGCAGACAUGGACAAAGACAGCGAGUCGGGAAGCGAGGACCUGGUGAGAAGACACUCUCUGCGCCCCCUGCAGAUACCCCAUCUUCAGUUCACCAUUCACAACGAGUUUGUCCCGUUGUCCCACGCCAACACUUUACCCUCCGGCUUCAAGAACCUGUCUGAGGGAAUGCGUAAGGAGGAGAGUUACAGGAUCACCACAAGUCCAAAUGUAAAGUCUACCAUCCUCAUCCGGUCUGCGAGCCUGGAAGAAAUACCUCUGAUACGCCACGACGAAGAGCUCAGAGGAACGGAGGCCGCGCGGAGCCUUCACCAUUCAGCUGACGAAGCCGUCGAGGAUCUCGAUAAUCAGAUCAUUCAUCACUGGCGAAUGAGCAGUGAUAGGGACACAGUCAUCAGGAGGCUGAUAAAGAGCAGAGCGCCCGAGGAAGGCGGCAUCCUGGCCAGCCUGCAGUCAGCGGAACAGCUGCUCAAUCACUUCAUAUGCGACCCGACGUCGGGUGAAGGAAGAGAGCCGGCCGGGUUUGAGAUGCACGGUUGGACCGCGGGGAUUCCAGAGGAGGUUCUGAAAGGGGAGCGAACUCAGCUCUGACUGUACACUGUGGGGGAACAAACAAAACAAGACACACAAAAAGCUGCUGAAUACAGUAACUGUAUUUAUGCUUUAUAAUAGACUGUAAAUCAGUAGGUAUGUUGCCAGCUAACUUCUAAUUGUAUCUAAUUUUCUUUUCAUUGUGUUUCAUGACAAGCAGUCCACUCCCUUCGUCACUAACACGUUGCUGAACUGAUCACAAUACUAGCUAUGAAGCAGAUUUUUUUUCCUCUUCUUUCAUAAACAUACCUUUGAUAUUUAUUACAGUGUAGCAUCAUAGCUCUUUACCCAGCAUCUAGAGUUGUCAAUUAAAUAAUGUAUGAUCAACGGAUUUGAAAUGGCUAACAGUUGCAGGAGUGAGAUAAAACGGUGUAAACACUGAACCACUGCGGUGCAGCUUGGAUUCAGCCACCGGCUAAUUACUUGCAGAAUAUUUUGUCGAAAAAUUAAAAUGUUUCAGGACGGCUUUCUAAAUUUUUGUUCUCUAUGCUGUAUGAAACCGUACACACCAUCUUGUUUGCAUGUACAUAUAUGUAUGUUUGUAUGUAUUCAUGGGAUUUUGUCUUUAUGUGACCUCAUUAUACCUUCUUGCACUGUAAACUGUGUUAAUACUAGAAUAUCUUGUCAAAACACCCAAUCACAGCACAUAGGUACGACUAUAUUCCAUCUAAUAAAGCAAAUAAGUUAGA